AUGCCAAACUCAGUAGAUGAUCAGACCGAUGCCCCUUCAAUCGAAGUCAAGAAUCUUACAUAUAAGUUUCCGGAUUCUACUCUGGGUCUUACGGAUAUAACACUGAGUUUACCUCCUAGUUCGCGAACUCUAUUAAUCGGCGCCAACGGUGCCGGCAAAACCACACUCCUCCGUCUCCUCUCCGGCAAACGUCUCGCCCCCACCUCCACAAUCUCCAUCUCGGGACUCGACCCCUUCAAAGACUCUCUCGUAGGAGUGACCUACCUCGGACUCGAAUGGGUACUCAACCCCAUCGUACGAACCGACAUCGGGGUCCGCGAACUCCUCUCCUCAGUAGGCGGUACAUACUACCCCGAUCGACGGGACGAGCUAGUUCGCGUUCUCGAUAUCGAUCUCGAAUGGCGCAUGCACCAAGUCUCCGACGGUGAACGUCGUCGCGUGCAACUUGCUAUGGGCUUAAUACGACCCUGGCGGAUAUUACUCCUGGAUGAAAUUACAGUGGAUUUAGAUUUAUUGAGUCGAAAGAGAUUUUUGGAUUUUUUGAAGGAGGAGACGGAAAAGAGGAAUUGCACCAUUGUUUAUGCGACGCAUAUUUUGGAUAAUCUGGCGGGGUGGCCUACGGAUUUGGUGCAUAUGAGUUUGGGGAGGGUGAAGGAGUGGGGGCCGAUUGGGAAGUUUGAGGAGGAGAUGAAAGGGGAUGGCGGGGGAAAUUCGAUAUUAGCACUCAACAUGACACAAGAAGGGAACAGGUCUGCUGGGAUACUCACACUUCACACUUUCACACUUUUCAUUUUGCACUCCGUUAUUUCAUUUCAACUCAAUUCAUCUAUAUAA